AUGGAGACCGUUAAGAACGCCGCCAACUACGUCGCUGAGACUGUUAAGGGCACAGACGCCACUGCCUCAAAGGAAGUCAACAAGAACGUCGCCAAGGACUCCGAUGCUGGUCUCGGUACCCGGGCUCAGGCUGCCAAAGACGCAGUCGGCAAUAAGGUUGAUGAGAAGAAGCACGACACCAAGGCUGAUGUGCACAAGGAGGCUGCCAAGCACUAA